CUCCCGUCUUGACACCAACACUGCUGCCACCCACAACCCCAACCCUCUGGAAGACCUGCCAUCUGAGAGAAGAGUGGGUUUUGCACUUAGCGGGACCUGGGUCCAGCCAUACGUAGGGUCAGAGGCACUGAGGGAUUUGUAAACUUGUGAUAGCCAGCAUUGAGCCUCGGGUCUCCUCUUCUCUGCUUGGUAUUUAUAGGUCUGUCUCUCCUCCAAGGAUUACAACAAAAACCCGCCAUGCCUCUGGGAAAACCUGCCCCCCAAAACAAGAGAAAAAAGCUUGCCAAGAUCAUAACUGACCUAUCACAUAUCACUCAGGAUGAGUAUGAGUCAGAGCCAGAGGCAUCUGAGUUCGACCUGGGAAAAAAGAUCAGGACUCCCAAAGACAUCAUGCUGGAGGAGCUUUCCCUGGCAAAGAACCGAGGCUCCAAGAUGUUCAGGAUGAGGCAGCAGAGAGUGGAGAAGUUUAUCUAUGAGAACAACCCAGACAUCUUCAGCAGUGAGUCUAUGGACAACCUCCAGAAGUUUGUUGGUGGUCAGAUGGGAGGUCAGAUGAUAAAUGUUGGAGGGCAUUUUCUUAGCAAAGAUUCUGGACAGCUGCAUUUUGUAGGAUUACAAACUGCAGGAGGGGUGCCUGUGCCUCCUCCAAAGCCUGGAAGCAAAGGUGCAGGAGCAGGAGGAGCAGGAGGAGCAGGAGGAGCAGGAGGAGCUGGAGGUGCAGGAGGAGCAGGAGGUGCAGGACUGGAUGGUGGCGACCAAGGGAAAGGUGGACAGGGAGAAGGAGCUAGAGGUAGAGGUGAUGCUGGUAGGAAGCACAUUAGUGCAGUGAAGACAUACGUGUCACCAUGGGAAAAAGCCAUGAAGGGUGAUGAAAAUCUGAUAGCCACUCUGAAAGCUGGGAUGCCCGGUCCCAUUCAGCAAAGGGAUUUGCCCAAGUGGAAAAGCUUCAACAGAUGUGCCAUGCCCUUCGGUGGAUUCGAGAAGGCCAACCAGUUCCUGAAAUUCCAGCUGCCAGAAGCUGAGUCGACCAAAGAGGAGCCUGAACCUCCAGUGGUGUACCAACACGACAUUGACUGCCGGCCUUCCUUCAACCGCACUCCCAUUGGCUGGGUGGGAAGCAGUGAGCCCAGCAGCAUUCAUAUGGAGACAGAUGCUGUGCCCUUCGAUGGAGAGACAGACGAGCUGUGAAAAAUAUUCAUACUGUGAUUACGCUCAAUGUGUGACAGACACAUACACACAUGCAAGCAUGAAUGCAUGCAUACAUACAAAUUAGUAUGCAAACACACCAUAGAUGUGUUUACAGUUAACUGUUGUGUUGAUGAAUUUGAAUCUCAAUGUGUGCCUAACUGAAAGCGUACAUGAAUCAUGGCCAUGUUCUUGUUUUGCUCUGUAUUUGGUUGUAAGGCAAAGAAGCAAGCUAUAGAUGUUAUGGGGAGAUGAAACAGCAAACGUAUAUCUGUUAAGUUCAUAAGUUGAGUCUAAACACUCCUUAAAUUUGUAUGAAAAGUUAGUGAGAAGUUGCAGGAAAGAAUGAAUCACGAAUGAAACCCAGAUUUGUAUUGUGUCACUGUUGUGUCUUGAUGUCAUCUUGUUACCAUAUCUGUUAUUUCCCAGUGCUUUUUUUUUGUUAAGAUUCUCUGAUCUUUUGUUGAGCUAUGAAAACUCCACAAACCUGCCUGCAUGCAGUCACCUGCUGAGCCACUGACCUACUGAACCACUCCACAAUAAACCCUUAAAAAUUGUAACAAUCCUCUUGAAGAGUGAUAAUUGUAAUGUUGGGGGGGGGGGGGGAAUUAUUUUGUGUGCGUAAAAAUCCUCACAAAAUGAAUUUCUUAUUUCCAAAUGUAUUUACAAUCCAACAUUUUGGUCAUCUUGUCAGCACAUGGAAAUAAACAAGAAAAAUGUUUCACUGUUACCACAAAGGAAAUGUAUACAUUUCAUGACUGAAUAGUUAUGAGCAAAAGCUUCAAUUACCUUAUUCUACAAUAAAGAAUAUCUAAACUGCA